ACAACAAACAGUACCGAGCAGCUGAGGCUAGUCGGCAGUGCAACGUAGGUCAGCUCGGGCCCGGCGUAAACCGCAAAGCGGAGCGAGGAUUGCCAUAUCUGCUAAGAACUUUUUUCUUUUUUAAUUUUAAACACCGAGGAAUGGCCGAGGAAACAGAGCUGGUUUCUACUUCGGACAGGGGGCUGAUAGGCUCCCUGAGAGCGGCUGCCUGGUCUCUCCUGUAUCUCCCGGCGAGGCAGCUCGACAGAGAGUCGGGAUGGUUUACUAGCUGGCUCCCGGCUUGGUGUCCUACGUCUGUGCAACAGCUCAAAGAGGCCGAGGAGAAAAUGCUGAACAGUAUUGAAAGCUCCUGCAGUAAAGAGCAUGUUUCAAUAUCCGGUGGAAAUACUAUAUGGACCCUGUCAUUUAUCCGCUCAUCAAAUAAAACCCCCCUUGUCUUGCUGCAUGGGUUUGGAGGAGGGGUUGGACUAUGGGUACUCAACUUAGAUGACCUUUGCAAGAACAGAACUGUGUACGCGUUGGACAUCUUGGGAUUUGGACGCAGUAGUAGACCACACUUUGAUGGGGGUGCAGAAAAGGCAGAGGAGCAGUUUGUCCAAUCUUUAGAGGAAUGGAGGAACGCCUUGGGUCUGGAACAAAUUAUUUUCCUUGGACAUAAUCUUGGUGCAUAUUUGGCUGCAGCCUACGCCUUAAGAUAUCCUUCUCGGGUAAAAUGUCUCAUUUUAGUGGAGCCCUGGGGAUUUGCAGACCGACCCGACAAUGCAGAUGAGGAUAGACCAAUUCCCAUUUGGAUUAAAGCAGUCGGAGCUAUGUUAAGUCCAUUUAACCCUUUAGCAGGACUUCGCUUAGCAGGACCUUUAGGAUUAAGCCUAGUUCAGCGACUCAGGCCUGAUUUCAAGAAAAAGUAUUCCUCGUUGUUUGAUGAUGAUACAGUAACAGAAUAUAUCUACCACUGCAAUGCACAACCACCAAGCGGUGAAUCGGCUUUUAGAAGUAUGACGGUUCCAUAUGGCUGGGCACAAAGACCCAUGCUGAGGCGUAUUGACGGCCUUCACCCAGAUAUUCCGAUCACGGUGAUCUUUGGCGCACGGUCUUGCAUAGAUGGUAACUCUGGAAACAACAUUCAGUCGUUGAGGCCAAACUCCUUCGUGAAGACCAUUGCAAUCCGUGGUGCUGGCCACUAUGUCUAUGCUGAUCAGCCCGAAGACUUCAAUCAAAAAGUUUCAGAGAUCUGUGAUUCUGUAGACUGAACUACUCCAUCUGAAUCAGAGAGCACUGAAUCCUUCACAUGGUAGAGAGAGAUCUAAGCAAUAGGAUGCAGGGAGGGCAAGAUGUUAGCUCUCUCUCCUGGUAACUGGUGCUUCUAUUCUCUUUUUUUUUAUAGAAAAAAAGACAUUUGCACAUUUGAACCAGAAUUGUGCCUUUUGUAGGAAUUUGUUUUUAGAUGUAGCAUUGUAUAGCUUUUACAAUUUCCAGAGUGUUUAUAUUUAUUCAAUUAAAUUUCUAAUAAGCAACAUUUACUUUGUGAUAUGCAUAACUAUGUAUAUAUUUACAUAAUAAUAUUAUAGUAUCCAUAUAUAUUGUUGAAUUGCUGAAUAAUAGGUCCUGUUGACUUACUCCAAAGACCAGGUUCCUCUCAGCUUUUAAGCUCUAUACUCCACUGGUGUUGUGACAAUGUCACUACUGAAUAACUCAUUGUACAUUGUCAUCAUAUUUAUGCUUUUGUUGUUUUGUUUUGUUAAAUUUGUGACUGUGCCAAGUAUUGCAUAUAUAAAAUAUGCAUGUGUAAUAAUGGUUGGUUUCACAAUCAUAUAAGAAAGCACUCAAUAUUUGUUUGCACCACAAUCAUUGCAAUAAGGGCAGGCUAGAUCUCAAGCAUUUCAUCUCUAACACCACUGAGGAUGAAGAUACAUUUUAUUUUAAACAUAUAUGCACCCAAUUCCUUUUUUGAAUUCCAAUUCAAUAAGUUCAUCUCUGCUGAAG